CGUCCACGACAACUCUCAUACCAUGCGUGCUUGCAAUUUGCGUGUUUUCAGGCGUUUAUUUCAGUUCCGGUGUUAGCCUUCCAAGUGAGCUUUCCUGUAAUUCGUUUUAUGAAUCGCUUUAUCUCUGUCCUGUUGCUCGCGGCAUGUAACGUUCGACCCAAUCGAAAAACCGUCCAGCGAAAACAUGAAAAAUGAAAGUUGAUGGUACGAAAAAGGUGCCGCAGGCGGCCGGAAACCAUCCAUGGGUGUCUGCGUCGCUGGUGGUCCUGGGGCUCGGCGCCUUGGCGCUGGCCGUCUUCUGGAUACGAAAAUGCAGGUCGUCCGGGGGCUCCAAGCACGAAUACAGCGCACUGAAGACCGACGGCGGGAACGAGAAGUUCCGGGCCGAGCAGCAGAUCCGGGAUGGCGUUUUCAUGGCCUGCAAACACUACCUGUCCAAUAAUGAUCGAUACGAGCUCAAGGUGCAGCUGGGGGAGAUCGGAUCCCGAACGGACAAGCACUGGUUUUCCGUUCAGGAUACGACGCUGGGAGCCGAACGCCUCCUCACUCUAGUCCCCGUCCCGUCCAUGUGCCCUUUAAACCCGUCAUCAAGCACCAGGGAUACGCUCCUGGACCUGUUCCGGGGCCUGCAGCACCCCUACAUCCACCCGAUCCUCGACGUGGACUUCUGGGACACCGGCGCCGCUCUUAUCAGUCCUUUGAAUCCGUCCGGGAGCUUGAAGGACCUAAUCUACGCCAGCCCCUGGCACGAAGACUACGACAAGAAGUACAGCUGCAGAGGAGACGGACUCCCUCUCAGGACGAUCCAGUGCUUGGGUCGCCAGAUCCUCGAAGGGCUCCUCUUCCUCCACAACCGCUACUUUCCCCCGUUCUACCAUCUGCACUCCGGGAAUGUGGUAAUCCAGAACGGAGUGGCCCGUCUCGCCGGCCUAGAGAACGCGCUGUUGGGGCUGCUCCCGAAGGCCCCCAGCGCGCCCGAAACCCUCGCUUUCGGGUACCUCCUCUUCGAGAUGGCCGCGGGGUACGAGUUGCCCAAGCCGCCCAGCCCGGCGCACUUGCAGCUGGAGCUGGAGCGCGCGCCCAAGGUGGCCGACGCGCUGGGCUUCAUUUUCCAGAACACGCGCACUCCCACGCUGGAGGAGCUGGUGUGCUGCGACUUGUUCCGGGGGGUGGAGCUGCGGGAGCUGCGGGGUGCCAGUAUCGUCCAGGCCGUCACUCCGCCCGAGGUCAUCGAGCUGCUGGAGAUCGUGCGCAACCCGAUGCCGCCGUCGCCUUUGAGACGAAAAGAUGUAGUCGUGAUAAUAGAAGACAGGCGAUUAGAAGAUAUAAUAGAAGAAGACAACGAAGAUAGUGAUUCUAAUAACGCCAGUGAUAAUCGGUAGUAGAAUCGUCUUUGUAGAUUUUAGUUUAGUUAGAGCGGCUAAGGCUGCCUCCCAAUUUUGCAAAUGUGUGCUGUGUUAAGGCUUUAAUUGGAUGUUAAUGUGUGGCCAAAUUUUGGACCAACAUUUCUUUUCCGUACUAUUAAAAAUAUUCAUGUAUUUUCGUACAGAUCGAAUCAAAUCAAAGUGACAGCACGACUUCGUAUUUUAUUAACUUGAGUAGGGUUAGCAAUAAUUAAGUCUGUGUCCGAAUUAGUUGCUUCAAACUGUCUAAACUGGAGACGUAACACCAUUCAACUACUUGUCUUACUAUGGCUAGUACUUUCUAAGGUAGCUUUAACUCCCACUCCACUUAAGGGCGAUUUAUGAACGUGCCGCUGACGUUACUGUUCGCCGUUGACGUUGCCGUUGAAAGUUGGGUUUUCAACCAAUCAAACUGCGAUAGUGUGCAGUGAUGCCAACUUGAAGGAAAAUCGCCUAAAGUCGGGGAGACACUUAACACUAAUUCGACAAUCACAAUUGAGCUUGGGAUGGAUAUGGGUGGGGCUUAAUUUUAGGCUUGUUUUUUAAUUCUUGCAGAGAAAUAAGGAUCUUGUAAUUAAGCUCCGCCCUCAGCUUAUGACGAAUAAAAAAAGAAACUUAGAACAUGGUUAAAAUGGUACAUGUUUGUAAGGAAAUAUGGAUUUUACAAUCAUGGGGCCGAGCCUAAUUGCAAAAUCGAUAUUUCCUUAUACAAAUUUUCCAUUUUAAACAUGUUUUAAAUUUCAUGUUGUGAAAAGAAGUCUGCACAUAUUAAGAAAAUAAAAGGCAAAAUGAAGGCCCGCCCA